AUGGAGAAAAUGGGUACCCAAUCCCAAAUUCAAGUGCUUCAGCUUCUUCAACCAUUGCCACUCUCACAGAAAAGAACUCUCAUUUUCAAUGGAGUUCGACUCAACUCGAUUCCUUUCAAGCCAAGUAGCAAUCUUUCUCUUCAAAACCCAAAGAAGAGACUUUCAAUCGUUCUGGCAAGUGGGGAAGACACAGCUUCGACUUCAACUUCAGUUUCAGCUGAGGAAGCCACUGAAGCUGAUCCUGAAGACCUCGAAUACGUUGGCCAAAUCAAAAGGGUAUUAGAGCUUCUUCGAAAGAACAGAGAUAUGCUGUUUAGUGAGGUUAAGCUUACCAUCAUGAUUGAAGACCCAAGAGAUGCAGAGAGAAGGAGAUUGCUUGGCAUUGAAGAAUCAGAUGGCCCAUCAAGAGAAGACUUAGCUGCUGCUUUGGAAGAAGUGAAUGAAGGAAAAAUACCAGAAAACCGUGUUACUCUUCGUCUGCUCGCAGAAGAAAUGAUGCAAUGGCCCAAUCUUGAGGUUGAAGCAGAAAAGAAAAAACCAAGCAAAUCCCUAUAUGCUAAAGCGACAGAUACUGGUAUUGAUCCCCGAGAGGCUGCUAGGAGACUCAACAUGGAAUGGGAUACAGCAGCUGAGAUUGAAGAUAGUGAUGACAAGGAAGAGACAGAAGUGCCUAAGGCUUUGGGUUAUGGAGCACUGUACUUAGUCACAGCUUUUCCGGUCAUCAUCGGCGUUUCAGUUGUAUUGAUUCUAUUCUACAACUCUCUCCAGUAGAGAAAGACAUGAUUCAUUUUAACUCACAAUGUAUAAUUAAAUUACAUGCCUUGUAAUGAAUCCACUGUAUUCCCUAAUUAUGAAUAUGAAUGAUUUAGUUUUGUAAUAUGAAAGCUUCCGUAUCAUAUCAUAUCACUAUUUCUAUUUAUGUUGCAAAUUUUAUAUGUGACAAGUUGAAGUAAGCA